AAAGUUACGCCUUCCGAAUUUGGCUGCAGAGAUACCUACUUGUCUUCUUGUCCAAGAAGAAGUCCAGCUGCUGGUUCUUUUGACAGAAGACCACCACCGGCAGCAUGGAGGGGCUGGAGCGGUUCGACAGUCCGGGCAAGGGUCGAGGACUCCGCGUCAAGAGAGCUUUUAAAGCCGGGGAGCUGCUGCUGUCCUGCGCGGCCUACGCGUCCGUGCUGUCGGUCAGUGAGCGAGGCAGCUGCUGCGAGCUCUGCUUCACCAGGAAAGAAGGCUUGGCGAGAUGUGGGAAGUGCAAGAAAGCUUCUUAUUGCAGUAAGAAAUGCCAGAAAGCAGACUGGGCCAUGCACAAGCUGGAGUGUUCGGCCAUGACUGCGUUUGGAGAGAACUGGUGUCCGUCGGAGACGACUCGCCUGGUGGCUCGGAUCCUCGCAACCAAGAAACUGCAGACAGAGCCCUGCGCUUCAGAGAAAAUGAUGCUCAUAGGAGAGCUGCAGUCACACCUGGAGGACGAAGAUAACGAGAAAAUAGAGCGGACCGAGGCAGAUAUUGCUGGCCUUUACCGUUUCUACUCCAAACAUCUGGAGAUGCCCGACCACAAAGACCUGCUCCGACUCUUCUCCCAGGUUGCCUGUAAUGGUUUCACUGUAGAGGAUGAUGAACUGUCCCAAAUGGGUGCCUCAAUCUAUCCCGACGUGGCGCUAAUAAAUCACAGCUGCCUCCCCAGCGUUAUCGUCACGUAUAACGGAACGUCAGCCGAGGUCCGGGCGGUGCAGGACAUGAAACCAGGAGAUGAAGUGCUCAUCAGCUACAUAGACCUGCUUUAUCCAACGGACGAUCGUAACACCAGGCUGAGAGAGUCCUAUUACUUCACCUGCGACUGUCACGAGUGCAGAACCAAGUCCAAAGACAAAUUAAAGCUGAAGGUUCGUAACCGGAGCGAACCCGUCGAGCCGCAGGUCAUCAGCAACAUGGUGCGCUACGCCAGGAAUAAAAUCAGAGAGUUCCGGGCCCUGAAGAAUGUGAAAACUCCCAGUGAGUUGCUGGACAUGUGUGAGCAGAGUCUGGAUGAAAUGGGAGCCGUCUUUGAUGACUCCAACAUCUACAUGCUCCACAUGAUGUACCAGGCCAUGGGGGUUUGUAUUUACACGCAGGAUGCUGAUGGAGCCAUCAGAUACGGACAGAAGAUCCUGAAACCAUACAGUAUACUGUACCCACCGUACUCCCUGAACGUCUCCUCCAUGUACCUGAAGAUGGGCAGGAUCUACAGGGGGGUGGAGAGGCACUCGGAGGCCGUCAGUGCCUUCAAGAAGGCUUUGGCUAUAAUGGAGGUGGCUCAUGGGAAGGAUCACCCCUACGUUAAAGACGUGCGCAGAGAGAUGGGACAAAAGUGAAAAACGUCCGCGCAGCUGCUCUCGAUGGGACUCUUGAUGUUUUACAGAACUAAACCCCACCUGGACCAAUCCUUCUGUGUCUCUUUCCCGUCUUCUAACUUCAUCCAGUCGAGGCAGAUGGCCACCCAUCCUGAGCUCGGUUCUGCUGGAGCUUUCUUCCUGUUAAAAGGGAGUUUUUCCCCUGAAUGUUUUUGUACAGGGUCCUGAGAUUACAUUUUGUUGUGAAUUAGUGCCGUCUAACUAAACCGAACUAGAGUAAAUUAACCCAUUAACACCCAUUCUCAAGGAGUAAACCGUUACGAAUCUGGUAACUGAAUAACUGCAGCUUAGCUAGCAAUAAUCACCUGAUGUCAAUCUAGCUCAACACUAACGACACAGUUGAAGCUCUGUCUGCCUGUCUGUCAGGUAUGCAUUAGGAGGAGGAUCUCAGAUACAAGAAUGUGUGCCUUCGAGCUGUAUAUUCACAGGGGGACAGACACAAAAUGUGUAUUUAAACAUUAAAACUCACCACUGGGAAGAGCGCGUACUCCCUGAGGAAGUCCUGAGAAGGGAAGUCAGUGAAGUCUCCAAAGUCAGCUAAAAAUUAUAACCACAAAAUUUGAGCAUUAAAAGAAAAAAAAACAUGGAUUUGGUUGAUUUGAAACUCAGCUCUGAAGGUUAAAGAGCUCAUUUCAUAUUCAUGUCAAAUCUGCAAAUAUUCCAUCUGUAAAGCUGAAUGUUUACUGAAUUCAAUCUUUUUAAUAAACAAGGUUGUUGUCUAAAGUAGUAAACUGUGUGCUAUAUUUUCUCAU